AUGUACGGCCCUCCAGUGGACCUGUCAUGUAAAGCUAUGCAGUGUGUUGCAGAUGCGCUGCUUGAGUUACCCCGAAGUGGCCUGCGCCCUUUAAACACCACCGCCGACAACAAGUACCUGAGUCGCUCUUUGCGUCUCAGUUACAACAAUGUCACCGACCUUGAUGGCCUCCAGGACACACUCAGCCACUUUCUGGCUCAACCGCUGAAGCUCGCCUGGCUGGACUUGUCCUUCAACAAACUCAUACACAUAACCCCUGUUCUGUGCGAGCUGCAAGAACUGCGUGUGUUGUACCUUCACGGCAACCAAAUCGGACAACUGUCGGAGGUCGACAAGCUGGUGCAGCUGCAGCAUCUGCACACCAUCACGCUACACGGAAAUGCCAUAGAAAACUGCAAAGGCUACAGGAAUCAUGUGAUCUCUGCCGUCCCUCAGUUAAAGAAGAUGGACUUCAGCGCUGUGACGCCUGAGGAUCGAGUCUUGGCAAACGUUUGGCGUCAUUCUACCAACCGUAGCAAGAGCAGCAAGGACAGUAAACCAGCUCAUUAAGCAAGUAUUUUUAACGACUGGUGAAAACAUCGUCAGUCCGUUUUUCUAUUAAAUGUUUUC